AUGGCUUCCAAGCGGGAGAACGCGGAUGAGGACAAUGGAGACAACGGCCCGAUUGGGCACACCGACGACGAUGCUGCUGCUGGACAUUCAUCGUCUGGGAGUGAUGACAGGACCAAGGAAGCGCAAGCACCUGCUAAGCCUGAGCCGAAGAAGGACGAGCAGAAGAAGCCUUCGAAGUUGAAGGUAGCAUGGGAUAAACUGGGCCUAGAUGUAAUGACCCUCAAGAUGAUGUUCAAAGGCUCAGUACCGCCAACAGUCGCCAUCGCCAUGUAUCAGUCUCCUCGUGUGGCGGAGGUAUACACAACACUGGGCUAUCUCGUCGCCAUCGCAUCGAUUCUCGGAUUCGCCAUUAUGCCGCGAGGGAAAUUCAUCCAGCAUAUGACGCUGAACGUCAUCUCUAUCUGCUUCGCGGCCGGCCUGAACCUGCUGGCAUUGUACUGCGCUACCCAGGCUCGCAUCAAUACGACACCUGCCGGACAACCACCGAGCGUAUACAACUCGUCUCAGAGCGCGGUGUGCGCUGUUUGGCUUAUUGGGCAGGUGUAUCUGAUCAACGUGUCGUCCCUAACCAGCUUCGGAAUCAUUGGUUCCAAGGAGAACUUCGCUGAUGUCAACUUAGAUGGUACCCAGUUCCCAGACAUGCCAACUGCCACUUCGUUCAUGCAACGACUGAUCGAAGCAUUCUUGUCCGGAUUCGCGUUGGCAACAGCGACCCACUUCUUCAUCUUCCCAACGAGCUCUCGUCUGGUGGUGUUCAAGGAGUUGGCGGGCUAUUUGCAACUGCUCAACGGUGUUGUGAAGACGCAGACGGCAUACAUGACGACUCUAGAAACCCAUGACCCUCUGAAGCAGCAGGCCGAAGGGGCGGAAUCAGACAAGAAGAAGCACAAGAAGAAAAAGGAGAUCGCAGGGCAGUCUGGCUAUAUUUGGGGCACUCCCGCAUCCGUGAAGAUGGAAGAGCUGAUGAACAAGCUGAUUGAACUUCACACCAAACUCCACGGCGACAUCACUCCCGCGAAACGCGAAUUCGCCUUCGGAAAAUUGGAGUCCCAUGACUUGACAGAGCUGUGGAAGCUCGGUCGAUCUAUCUUCUUGCCUGUGUUGGGGCUCGCGUCCAUGAUCAAUAUUCUCGAGCGUCAGGCCGAGCUUUGUGGGUGGAAGAGUGGCGAUGAAGUCUCGCAAGAGGUAGAUGAGAAUCGAUAUCGUCAGAUUGAGAACGUUCAUGAAGCGAUGAAGUUCUUGCACAAGCCGUUCGCGCAGAUGACUGCAACGCUGGACGGCGCCUUUCAACACAUUCUCUUGGUACUAGAGCUAGUCAAGCCGCCGAAGAAGAAGCAGGAGGAUGAGGAAAGCAAAGGGGAUGAGGCACCAAAGCCUGGAUCUACCGGGUUCGCAGAGACGUACAAGAAGAAGAUGGAUGAGUUCUACAACUCCAAGAAGAGAUCGCUUGAGGAUUUCUGCGCUCAAAACGACAUCCAAUUACCGCCCGACUUCUGGGAGGCGUCUUUCAUCCAUCCCCAUACACUGACUGCGGAACAAGAGCACAGACGUGAGCGCCACCAGCGACAACUCUUCUUUGUGCUGUACCUGGAGUAUCUACUCUGGCGAGUCGCGAAAGCUGUGCUCAACUUGGUCCUUUUUGUCGACAAGAGGAAGCAAGAAGGCGCCUUCAAGCGGUCGAAACUCAUUUUCCCCGGCAGCAAGACGAUCUACAAGUGGAUUCUAUCAACCUUCGGCCAAGAGGACAUGAGUCAAGAAGACUCGUUCACGACAGACAUGGACUCUGGAGGCAACGAGUCGUUGUAUCUCGGCCAAGGGUUCAGCAAGAUGAAGGAUCCCGAGCACGAACCGCCUCGUAAUGCUUUUGAGAAGCUUGGAGAGAAGGCCCGGAACAUACCACGGUUUUUCAGGAGCGAUUCGUCUGCAUUUGGGUUUAGAGUGGUUGCUGCCACGAUGACGCUGGGGAUUGUGUGUUAUUUGCGAGAUACGCAGUCGUUCUUUCUUGAUAAUCGAUUGCUUUGGUCGUUGAUCAUGAUCGCCAUCUCCAUGAACCGAACCGCAGGCCAGAGCAGCUUCAACUUCGCCAUGCGCAUCCUAGGCACAGCAGUCGCCAUGACCGCCUCAUAUGUCAUCUGGUACAUCGUCGACGGCAAGACCCCCGGCGUCAUCAUCUUCCUCUGGCUCUGGAUGGCCAUCGCUUUCUACCCGAUCUUCAAAGCGCCGAAGUUUAUCAUUGUUGCCGUGCUGAGCAUCGUUACAUCCGUCCUGAUCGUUGGCUAUGAACUGCAGGUGCGCGUGCUUGGUGUGGAAGUGGCGACGUCGAAUGGACAGCCGGCGUAUCCGCUGUAUAUUCUUGCGCCGUAUCGGUUGGCGGCAGUGACUUGUGGUAUUUUGGUGUCGUAUAUCUGGACUAUCUUCCCCUUCCCGAUUUCUGAGAGCACGGAGCUGCGCAAAGACCUAGCUGCGUCGUUGAAUUUGAUGUGCAUAUUCUAUGAGAACGUGCAUGAGACUGUACGAUCGAGAGUCACUGGCAAAGCUGGGAGCAUCACUAAGAAAGGUACUCAUGCAUACAACCUCGAGAAGGCGAGGACGACUAUCUUCUCGAAGCUCGUUUUCGUUCUCGAGAACCUGAAGACGAAUUCAGCAUUCUCGUCUUUCCAGCUCCGGGUCGGUGGGCGCUUCCCCCACGAGGAAUACGAGGAGUUGAUGUCCUGCAUGCGCCGGUUGUUACUCUGGGUAUCCCUAGCCUCCUACGCUUCUUCCGACUUCGACCAAGUAGAGGAGGCAGACGCUGAGCGGUCACUAUGGGCUGCCGAGUUUCGCAAAGUCAUCGGCAACUCGGCCAACACCAGCAACCAAAUCACCUCCCUCCUCUCCCUACUCGCCUCCAGCCUCAGCAACGGCCAGCCCCUCCCGCCCUACCUCCGAAUGCCCGAGAGUUUCCAGCUGGUCCGGAGGCUCGAGCAUGUCAACCCGGACAUCGUGAGCGUGCGCCACGUCGCGGAGCCGGAGUAUAGUGCUUUUGCGGUGAUGCAGGUGACUUCGCAGUGUAUCAACACCGAUGUGUUGAAGUUGGUGAAGCAUGUGAAGAAUUUGGUCGGGGAGAUUGAUUUCUCGUAUCGGGCUGUUAAGUCUUCUUCGGCGAGCUCGUUCAACUCUUCUGAUGAGGAGGAGGAUGCGAAGAGUAAGGCGGAGUGA